GCAACAACAAGGAAAAAAACAACGAAUGGAUUACUAUAACAAGUAAAACCUUACACAAAGCGUGGAUCAAAGCAUCAAUUCUUCCACAGGACUCCACACAAGAAAAAAUAAACAUCAUAAUCAAACAUCUAGUGCAUAUCCCUGGAUAUGUAUCAACCAAAUCUAUCCCAUUUAAUUCUGAAUCCUUCAUUCAAAUCUCAUUCGAUUUACAAAAAGAAUUAGAUCAAGCACUCCAAAUCUCAAUUCAUGAUCAACAUUUCUCCAAUACCAAACCCAAUCAUGAAACCAAUCAAUUUAUCAACAAUAUUAUUGCUCUCAGAGAUGUUCCUCUCAACACUGAAGAAAGCCUUAUAAGAUCU